AUGAAACGACUUGUUCUCUUGUCGCGAAAUUCAUCAUCACGAAAAAUCGCUGCCUCAUCAUCAUCGGCUGCAACGACCAUUCUUCAACAACAACAACAAACUCUUCUCCGAUCUUCAUGCAAGAGUGCUCUCUAUUCCACCCAUAGAAAUCCAGAGGAAAUUAAACAAGCUCUUGAGAAAAAGCUUCCAAAGGAUUGGAAAGAAACAGCACAAAAGGAGUUGAAAGAUCAGCCUUUGGAGUCGCUCAUCAGAACUACACCCGAAGGAAUUAAUAUUUUGCCAAUUUAUGUUUCUCAGACCACUCUUGAAGGAAAGGAACCAACAGGAGCAGGCAAUAAACCAUAUACACGUGGACCUCAUGCUACCAUGUAUACGGUAAAACCUUGGACCAUUAGACAAUAUGCAGGUUUCUCAACAGCAAAGGAGUCCAAUGAAUUUUACAAGCAAAACUUGGCACAAGGACAAAUGGGUUUGUCUGUUGCGUUUGACUUGGCCACUCACAGAGGUUAUGACUCUGAUCAUGACCGUGUGGUUGGAGAUGUUGGAAUGGCUGGUGUUGCCAUUGACUCUGUUGAAGACAUGAAGAUUUUGUUUGAUGGCAUUCCUCUCGAUAAAAUGUCAGUGAGUAUGACAAUGAACGGAGCUGUUUUGCCAAUUAUGGCCAUGUAUAUUGUUGCAGCUCAAGAACAGGGAGUGAAUGACUUGAAUUUAUUGAGCGGUACAAUUCAAAAUGAUAUUUUGAAGGAAUUCAUGGUGAGAAAUACAUACAUUUAUCCACCAGAACCUAGCAUGAAGAUUAUUGGUGACAUUAUGCAAUUUACUUCUCAACACAUGAAACGUUUCAAUUCAAUUAGUAUCAGUGGUUAUCACAUGCAAGAGGCUGGUGCUGACACUGCAUUGGAGUUGGCCUAUACUCUUGCUGAUGGUCUUGAAUAUGUGAGAUGCGGAAUUGAAAAAGGUGGAUGCAAGGUUGAUGAUGUUGCUCCUCGUUUCUCCUUCUUCUUUGGUAUUGGUAUGAACUUUUAUUUGGAAGUUGCCAAGUUGAGAGCUGCUCGUAAAUUGUGGGCUGAAUUAUUGGAAGAGAAAUUCCAUCCAAAGAAUUCCAAGUCACUCUUGUUACGUACUCACUGUCAAACUAGUGGUUAUUCCCUCACUGAACAACAACCAUACAACAAUAUCAUUAGAACAACUAUUGAAGCUAUGGCUGCUGUUAUGGGAGGUACUCAAUCAUUGCAUACCAAUUCAUUUGACGAAGCUGUUGGUUUGCCAACCAAAUUCAGCGCUCAACUUGCUCGUAACACUCAGCUCAUUAUUGCACAUGAAACUGGAAUUACCAAUGUUGCUAAAGAGCUUAUUAAGGAAGUUGAGGAUUGUGGUGGCAUGACCAAGGCCAUAGAAACUGGUUUACCAAAGAGAAGAAUUGAAGAAUGUGCCACAAAGAAGCAAGCCAGAAUUGACUCUGGUCAAGAAAUCAUUGUUGGUGUUAACAAGUAUGUCACCAAGGAAGAAGCCAGCUACGAAGUUCUCAAGAUUGACAACACUAAAGUCAGAAAGGAACAAAUUGAUAGAAUCAAUAAGAUCAAGUCAGAAAGAGACGCCUCUCGUGUUGCUGCCUUGUUGAAGCGCUUGGAAGAAGCAGCCAAGACUGGAAAAGAAAAUUUGUUAGCUGUUGCUGUUGAAUGUGCCAAGGCUCGUGCCACUGUUGGUGAAAUUUCUUCUGCUCUCGAAAAAGUUUGGGGACGCUAUGAAGCCAAGCCAGAAAUUGUAAGCGGUGCCUAUUCAAGCACUUGGAAACAAGCUGAUUUGGAAAAGUUGGAUACUGAUCGUGUUGAAAAAAAGGUUAAGGAGUUCGCAGCCAAGAAUGGUAGAAACCCAAGAAUUCUUGUUGCCAAGAUGGGUCAAGAUGGUCACGAUCGAGGUGCUAAGGUAAUCAGCUCUGGAUUUGCUGAUUUGGGCUUUGAUGUCGAUGUUGGUCCAUUGUUCCAAACACCAAAAGAAGUUGUUCGUGAAGCUGUCGAUAAUGAUGUGCAUAUUAUUGGUGUGAGCUCUCAAGCAGCUGGUCACAGAACUCUUGUUCCUGCUUUGGUUAAGGAAUUGGAAAAUGCUGGAUUGAAGGGUCAAGAUAGACCAAUUAUCGUUGUUGGAGGUGUUAUUCCACGUGAAGACUACCAAGAAUUGUAUGAAGCAGGAGUUGAUUUGAUCUUUGGUCCUGGUACUAAGGUUACUGAUGCCGCUGAAGGAUGUGUUGAUUUGUUGAUGAACAAGGCUAGACAUUAA